AUAUCGUCCAUACAGAAGCGCCGUCCGUGUAUUCUUUUCACGCAGUAUUGAUAUUCCCGAACGCUCCGCACGCCGCCAGCGUGAGUGAGCUGCUCUUUAAAGAGGUGUGGGCGGCGCACGUAUACGCUUCUAACGCAGCGCUUGAGGAUAGCGGAUGAAAUCUGGAGGGGAUAGACUGCAUUUUGUGAUCGCUUUUUCCCGGUUGAGUGCUCCCAGUGCAGUGAGUCAUGCCCACACUGGAUCUCAGCACCGUGCUGGUGAGGGAGAUGAGGGAGGAUGAAGCUGAAUUCGUGACAGAGCUUUUGAAGGAUUGUUUUCGUGGUUCUGAGAAUCGAUUGGUUCUGUACCUGCUGACCCGCCCCUGUUCUCUGCUCCUCUUGGCUGUGGGGAGUUCUGCCCUGCGCUUCGUGUUUAACUCUUUCAUGGCCGCGCUGGUGGUGCCGGUGUUGCUGGCUCUCUGCUUUCUGAAGCUGAGCUGCCGGGGAGCCGGUGGGCUGCGAAACGCCAGCUACUACAGGCAGGGUGCAGCGGGGAGCAGCGACUCCAGAGAGACCACAAAAGACAGUGAUACCAGCAAAGCAGGCAAAGUCAAUGAACACAGCAAGACCAACACGGCCAGAAAAACCAGUGCCCCCAGUGACACCAGCAAGACCAAGCCAGGGGCAGAGAAGGGGGACAACACCCCCGGCUGCUCCAAGCCCGGUUCUGAAGACUCGGACUCUGACUCGGACUCUGAGUGGAGCGAGGGGGAAGGGGAGGGGUGGGCAGGCUGGGGGCGCCUCUUUCCCGGGUCCAGCUCCAGCUGCAGCCCCCCCACCCCCGCCCCCGCGGGCCCCCGCGCUCUCUGGGUGUGUGAGAGUCAGGGGGAGGUGUUGGGCUGCGUGGCCCGUGAUGCGGGCCCCCUACCUGGGCAGGCUCUGCUCUGCUGUCUGGCUGUGAGCUCCUGGCAUCGCCGGCAGGGGCUGGGCUCAGCGCUGGUGACCCGCUUCGAGCGGCAGGCCCGGCGGGACGGCUUCAGCAGCGUUGGGGCCCGCGUGAGCGCGGGGAGCAAAGUUGGGGCGGCCUUCUUCCAGAAACUGGGGUACGAGAGCUGGGGGGCUGGGGAGAGGGGCUGGCUGGGGUACAGCGUGACUCAGGAGUUCAGGAAGCAGCUGUAGAGGAGAUAGAGACCAGAGGGGAGUCAAUACAGAGGAGAUAGAGACCAGGGGGGAGUCAGUACAGAGGAGAGAGAGACCAGGGGGGAGUCAAUACAGAGGAGAGAGAGACCAGGGGGGAGUCAAUACAGAGGAGAGAGAGACCAGGGGGGAGUCAAUACAGAGGAGAGAGAGACCAGGGGGCUGUAUUGACUUCUCCACUUCAGAGCUGUACUGAGAGAGAGGGAGAGUUCUGUUUAAUUGAAGAGGAAGUGUAUAACCCCUUCAUGCAGGGCGACCUCACGUGGGGACGGAUAUAAGACCUCUCUUCUUGUCUCUCUAUAUAAGGGGACAUACGGAAGAUCAGUGAGCAAAGAGCCUCAUAUGAGCCGAUGCUGUCCCCCUGAUCCCACCAUAUAAAGCAAUGGAAAAACAUUGAAAUCAUUUUCAAUGAAAAUUAUCUUCAAUAUGUGCCCAAAACUACUAUUUUUCCAGCUGUUUUUAAAAUUUUUCAUGCAUGAACAGGCUUGAAAAAAUGUUGCCCCCUGCUGGUCAGAGAGCUAGAGAGAGAGAGAGAGAGAGAGAGAGAGAGAGAGAGAUGUGUUUGUUACUGGUAUAUAUGAAUGACUGACUCAGUGCGACUCUGUAUAGAUACUGGGUUUUGAAUCAAUGUGUGUUUCAGAACGGUUGAUUUUCUAAUACAUAUAUAAAUCCACGCGCUCUGCUGAAAUGCUUUUCUAGUUUCUGAAGAGUUCGAUUCAGUUUUAAUAAAAUGUGUCUUUGGGGUUAAAACCUGUCUGUCUGUCUGUGAGACACACACUUGCUGAGAAACACUCACUGAGACACAGAC